AUGAUCGUCGGUCUGAAGGUGAUCGAGAAGAAGCGGAUUAUUCGCGAUAACUUUUUGGUUCAGUUCAUCAGAGAACUGAAGAUCCAGAGCUUCCUUGACCAUCCCAAUAUCAUCAAGGUGUAUGGCUACUUCAGCGAUGAGGAGCACUUCUACAUCAUCUUGGAGCUCGGUUGCGACGGACAGCUCUUCGACAUCAUCUCUGGAGGGCAAACCCUAUCAGAGGAGACCACUUCUUUCAUCAUCGGGAAUCUCCUAGAUGCUAUCGCCCUCAUGCACAAAAACAAAAUACUGCACCGAGACAUCAAGCCUUAG